GAUGGGAUGGAAGACUUCUUCCUCCCUGGUUCUCGCUGUAUAUGCUGGUGUACUACUGUUCAUCAGUCAGAGAGACAAACGAGCGAGUUUUGAUCAACCGGAGGCUGUAAACAGGAACGGCAGGAUCAGUUUGCUGUCUUUGCAAGGGCAGCAGCAAGGAUAUAACGAUCUCAAGCUCCUCACAGACGCUAGGGACUCGCAGAGGCAGGACGAGCAGGCGGCGAAGGAGCGAAGGAUGGCGCUGCUGAAGAAGGCCGGGGUGACGGGGAGGGGGAGGGAGCAGAAAGACGGAGUAGACCUUGGCCUCCUUAAACAAGCCGUGAAGGAGCAGAACUACGAGUCUUCCGCACAGACCAAGGGGUUCACGAGGGAUCUGCUUGCUGCCUCGCGAGCCCAGGCUUCCAAGGAGCAGAAGGGGAUGCAGUUCAAGGGGAACGUUCCUAUCCAGCAGGAGCUGCGGAAGAUACUGGGCGAUCAAUUUGUUUCAGGCUCGUACCAUAAAGCUUCUAUUGGUUCAAGUCCAGCACAAGAUCAGCAGACCUCGAUCAGCCUGAGCGGUCCAGCACGGAAGGCGCCGCAGUUUUUAAGCUUGAAGGACGAGAAGAAGUUGGUUUCAGAGCUGACAAGUGGGUCGCAAGACUCUGCGAUCAAGUCGAUCGAGAAUGCUGCUCGCGUCCCGCAUGCCAGGAGGAACGGACUCGCUCUCGACGAUGAGAAGAAUCUUGUGGGCUACCUCGACUCGUCAGCUGCAGACGACCACCAUUACCGCUCCCUCCUCCAUCGGCUGCAUCAAAGGAGACAUCUCAUGCACCAAAGGCGACAUGCCCUGGAGUCUCCUGCUGACGAACAUACUGGCAAGCAUCAUAUGAAAUCAUAUAUGAACUACUGGAAGUGGGCGAGGGGGAAGCGGCUUAAGAAAGAGCUGUCGGGUGUAGUUGACAACGUUCUCAAAGACCUGCAGCAUAGAAAGUGAAAGUGAAGUGAAA